CAAAGGCGGAUCUCAUCUUUGCACAACAUGUCCGAAUACCCGAUACCCGAAGCAGAAGAAACAGGAACUCGGGACCGGCGUGAUGAUCUUGUAGUGUCCUUGAGCAGCUCAGCACACAGCACAGUACCUGAUCACUUUUCGGAGUCCACACUUUUAAAAGUCUCUCCUACCUAUUUUAAAGAAGUAAUUAUGACAGGAAAGGUUUCCUUGGCCAUUUUCCUGCUGAUUGUAAAUGGUUUACCAUUCUGUCGCAAAUCAGAUGCCAUCAACAAAGGAUUCCUUUCAGAAUGUCGCGCUGAUGAAAAAAGGCCAAAGCAUGGUCUGUCUGUUUAUGAGUUUGCUUCUGAUGAAUAUGUGAAGUCUGGUCCAUCCUAUAAGCCAGGGCUAAGAUAUACCAAAAUAUCAUCAAAAAAUUGUUACCUGCGAGCUAUGAAUGCUGGAAUGGCUCAAGUUGCAGCUGAUGCUGGGGCAAUGGUUGUGCAGUAUGAAGGAGAUUUUCAAAUUUGUUUACCUGAACAUUUGAAGUUCAAAAAUAACGACCUAAAUGAUCACUUUCAAAAAAUGUUUUUACAACUUAAAGACAAAAAGAACACGAAUGGCAUAUGGGGUAUUCAGGGUUUCGUAUUGUUUAAUUUAUGGGAUAUUGGUCACAAUCGCACAAUAUAUCAUUUCCUUCCUACUUUACAUGGUCAUCUUCACCAUAGCUAUUCAUGGCUAUUUUUUGAUUUACACCGUGACUCUCAAAAUUUAUACAAGCCAUUGGGGGAUCACAUGAAACAUCGACCACGUCUUCAUUAUCUAAUUCGCUCUGCCAAAUUGAAUUUACCAGCAGAAAAAAAAGUUUGCUCUAUGUUUGCUGUAGUUCAAAAUGAUGCCACAGUUGAUGAUAAAAUUUUGCAGUCAGUUAAACAAGACUUUGAGAGUGCUGCAGCACAAAUUGGUGUCAGUGAAAUCAUUGAUUUUGAUGAUGUUACACCAUUGCAGCCAGAUACGAAUAAGUGCAAACCAGUAAUCCAACAGAAAAUGGAUGCACUUAUUUCUCAAGAACUGAGAGACAGGUAUAACAUACCAUUUUCGUUUAUUUUUCUUCGGAAUCUAUACUACAAAAAUGAUAGCAUUGUAUACAUAAAAAAAGAAGAAGUUAAAAAGGUGGCUGAAGAGCUAUGCAUUGUUGAUGACAAGUUUAAGGAGUUCUGUGAGUUUUUUACCUCAUGUGGUAGCAUCAUUGAUGUUUCAUUGAUUGAUGAAGAAUCAGAAUAUAUCGUAUUGAAGCCAAGCAAAUUUCUUGAGGAAAUAGAUAAACUAUUUCAUACCAACGACCAAAUGUUAGCUGACAAGGGAAUUCUUACACUAGCUAAUGCAGAGAGGUUAUUUCUUCGAUCUCAUGCUGAUGCCUACACGAAAAUUCUUGUUUCAUUUAGUUUAGCCGUUGAAUUAAAGGAAGAUCAAGUUAAAAUUCGUAAUCCAGAUCACAGCACUGCUAACAAUAUAGUUUGGUAUCUUCCAGUUAUUCGUUGUACCACACCACUUCAUGAUGAAACUAAACUAAGACGAAACGUUCUUCGGUUGCUGCGAAGUUACAAUUCAUCUCUUGUUCAUUUGCAAGCAUCUUUUGUCACACACUUUCUCAAGAUGAAUAGAAAGUCAAAAGUGUGUGUUGAGGCUGAGACUCCAGUUAAUGUCACAAUAAUAGAAGCAUUUUAUAAAGAUGAGCAGUCCAUUACGUUUGAAGUCGUAUAUUUUGGAAACGCCCUUGAGUUUCGCACUUCUGUAGCAAAUAAAGAAAUUUUCUCUCAAAUAAUUAGUACCUGCCACAAAAUAAUGGAACUAGACAUAAAGACAAACUAUAAUUUUGCAAUGUUAUGCUCCAAAGACCCUAGCCAUAAUGAUUCGUAUAAGCUAGUGAGAGAUCGCCACCUUCUACCUUUUAACAUAACUCAGUGUGAUGAGUGCAUGAAAAAUAGACGUGAUGAAGAUAAAGUUCUUUCCAUGUGGAAUGAAGCUGUAGCAAAUGAUCCUGUCAAAGAUAGAAUACUUAAUGGAGAUACAAUUCUUUGGGAUGAUGCUUCCAACAUUGCCAAUAAUCUCAAAGGACUUGACAACAGUACCAUUAAGGUUCUUACUCAAAAGUUAGAAGUGAGCCUUGACAAAGUAGCCAAUCUUUCAGAUUGGAAGUUACCCAUGGCAAUACUUAUGGAAUGCGAGAAAAAGUAUACAAAAGCUCUUUCAAAAAGGCAGUUUGCAAGAUGGCUAGCAGAAGUGGCUGAUGAGAUCACUGAGCCAAAAAAAGAUCAGAGAAUGUUACGUAGAACUGUAAAUUUACUUGAUAAAGAAAUUCUAAAAGCUCCACCUGAGGGUCUAGGGAAUAUUGAAGCCCGUGAUGGCAGUUAUCAUGGCACUGAUGAUCGAGAUGAAAUGGAUCAAUUUCAAAUGGAUUACUGAGAAAUUUGCUGUUAUUAUUAAAUAUUCAUCAAACACAUGCACACAGCCACACACUGAUAUACAUGUACAUUAUUUGCUGCUGCUUAGCUACUGAUCUAGUCUCACUAGCCAGACCCUUGCAAGGGUCUGGCUAGCGAGACUACAGCUGAUUUAACAAUUAUACUUUUUAUGCCCCCUUUUAUUAUUUUAUGCACAUCAUGCACACACUGAUGUAAGCUUACAAACUUGAACAAUUGCUGCUACUUAGAUGCUGACUGCUGUAUAUUUUUACAUGUAGCAAUUACUCUUUGAGUAAUUGAGUUUUGUAUUUUUUAUAUUAAUUUUUUAAAAUAAAUGCAUCAAUGCCA